AGAUAUUUUUCCUCUUUUCUUCCUCUCAAGCCCAAACCAAAACCCUCGAAACACAAAAACCCUACACCCCUCUCCCCAUCUCCCACAGCAGAAGAAGAAGAACGAAGUACCUCCAUUCUUAAACCUCUAAUUCUCAUUUCUCUCCACCUCCACUAAACCCCUCUAUAAAUCUUAGGAUGUCUCUGACGACCACUGAAUUUGGUACUGUAUCACCGUCACCAUCGUCAUCGUCCUCGUCGUUGUUCCAAUUUCACAUUCUCCAACACUGAAAAAUAUCCAGAGAGGUGAGUAGUUAGUAGAGGUGAAAACGACAGAGAGUUACCGGUUACGGCACUGGCUUAGUUUAUUGUGCAGUAGGGUUUAGGUUUUCUUGUUAAUUUGGGGUUUAUGGGAAAUGAUGAUAUGGUUACGACAAGUGAACAAGAUUAUGGAAUUAAUAAUCAUAAUAGGAGGAAAACCCCUUUCCAACUUGAAUCCCUUGAGAACUUUUAUUCAGAGGAACCGUUUCCAACACAAGAGACAUUGGAGGAUUAUGCAUUUGUUCUGAAUUUGACAUAUAAGCAAGUCCGAGGAUGGUUUGCUGAGAAGAGGAGGAGGGAUAAAAAAGGAAGGGAAGGGGUAGAAUUGCCUAGUAAGAAAUCUACGAAGGGAAGUUGUAUUAAAACUGGGAGAUGUCCUGCAAAGAAGAGAAAUCUUCGAGAUUGUGUAAGUAAGAAACCAAAUGCUCAUUUGUCUACAAAAACUAGUCGAUCAAAGAUGUUCAAGAACGAUGCUGGGAAGUCCAAAUAUUCCAAUAUUAGAAAUCAUGGAGAAGAGAGUCUGAUAGACUUUUUUGGGAAAAAAAAUAAGAGUAACCAGAAAAAACGGAAGCUUAGCUACAUUCAAGACAUUUUGCCUCCUGACUACUUACUGGAGAAGGUGUUUAGAAAAGAUGGUCCUCCUCUUGGUGUAGAGUUCGAUUCUCUUCCUUUGGGAGCAUUUUCUCAUUCUGCUGUCACAGAUGCUUGUAGCUUUCGUUCCACUUGUGCAGACAACCAAAGAGCACCUAAAAGGAGAAAGGUCUCCAAAUCUCUCAUUUUGCAACCGGAAGCCUGCAAAAACAAGAGCGUUUUAGUGAAGCACGGAAUAGGCAAAGGCCUGGUGCUAAGACAUGGUAUUGGUAAAGGCCUGAUGCUGAGACAUGAUAUGGGGGAAGCUUUGAUGAUGAGGCAUGGGAUGGGAAAAGGUUUGUUGAUGAAACAUGGUAUCGGAAAAGGUUUGAUGAUGAGGCAUGGUAUGGGGAAAGGUCUAAUGACUGCGCGGCAUGCAGUGAACCCUAAUAACAUAGAUAUAUUUUCUACUGAUGGCCGAAUCACCGCUAGGAAAGGUAACAACUUGAAAUUGUUGAAAUCGCAAGAAGCUACACUUCAGAAAACAAGAAAGUCGGUUCACCAAAAGCUUGCUGAGAAGCAGAAGAAUUUACGAAAUAAGGUGCAGGAAAGAAGGAAACGGGUGGUUAGGAAACCAAAGAUGCAAAGUCGAAAGAAUGGAAAUUCAAAUAAGUCACACCAAGAAGAGUGCAAGCUCUGCAGCGGGGAAUCGAGAGAUGAAGACACCUCUAGUGCGUUUGCGACGUCGCUGGAUGAUGAGGAACUAGAGCUCAGGGAAUUACAAGAAGGACCAAAUCCACCAAUGUGUUCUGCUAAGUUGGCUUCUAAUGGAAUUCAUAGUUGUUCACUUUGCAAAGAUUUGCUGCCUAGAUUUCCUCCAAUUGCUGUAAAGAUGAAUCUACCUUUUCAAAUGCAACCUUGGGUUUCUUCGACGGAACUUGUUAAGAAACUGUUCAAGGCUAUUCGUUUCUUGUAUACACAUGCAGUUACAGUUGACAUGAGCCCGUUUACUCUUGAUGAGUUUGCCCAGGCAUUUCAUGAUAAGGAUUCCUUGUUACUUGGAGAAAUGCACGUGGCUCUUCUCAAGCGUCUUCUAUCAGAUGUUGAGGUACAGCUUAGUAGUGGGUUAUAUUCCCAUGCAAGCAAAGACAGCAGGUUUCUAGCAUUUCUUCACUAUGCCAAAGAUCAAGAGUUAAGAGUGAAGUUCUGGAAUAGAUCUUUGAAUCCUCUUACAUGGACGGAAAUACUGCGCCAGGUGAUGAUUGGAGCUGGUUUUGGUUCCAAACAUUCAGUGUUGCGAAAAAAACAGCUUGAAAAGGAAGGGAAUGUUAUGAUAAAAUAUGGUCUGUUUCCUGGUACUAUGAAGAGUGAAUUAUUCAGUAUUCUUUCUGAGCAAGGAAAUAAUGGGUUGAAAGUACCUGAGUUGGCUAACUUACUCCAGAUUUCCGACUUAAAUCUCGCUGAAACAAUUGAUGAACUGGAAGUUCAAAUAUAUUCAACUCUUUCAAGGGACAUCAGUUUAUUUGAAAAGAUUUCACCUUCCGCAUAUCGCGUCCGAAAUAAUCCGCCAAGUACAGAACUUGCUGGAGAAUCAGAUAGUGAAGACUCUAAAAGUGGUGAUGCUGAUGAUUCUGGUGAUAGCAUUACAAGCAACAGUAGUGACGAUGAUUCCGAAAUAGAUUCAGGAACCAGCAGUCUCAGUAUAGUAAAGUAUAAAAGGCAUAGGAAGAGGAAAAAUAGCACAGUGGUUGCUAACACUGAAAUUGAUGAGAGCCAUCCUGGAGAACUGUGGGUUUUAGGGUUGAUGGAAGGUGAAUAUUCAGAUCUAAGCAUUGAAGAAAAGUUGGAUGCUCUGGUUGCUUUAGUUGAUCUUGCAAAUGCUGGUUCUAGUCAAAGAGUGGAGGAUCCUUCGAGAAUCACAACAGAAAGGGUUCCUAUUGUCAACCAUCAAGGUGGAGGAAAAAUAAAAAGAUCAUCAACAGCCCAGCUAAAUGUGGGAAACUCAUUUCAGGGUUGCAUAUCAGUUGAUCCUCUCACAACCAUGAUGGAGUACCCCUCCCGCAAGGGGAAAGGUUUGUGCAGAAAAGAUGGUCGUUAUACAAGUGAAGCCAUAAGAGUGGAUGCAAUGGAGUUGAAUGGACAUCCAUUGUUAUCCGUUUAUUUGGGAUCUGAUCGCAGAUACAAUUGUUAUUGGCUUUUCUUGGGCCCCUGUAAUGUUAAAGAUCCAGGGCAUAGGAGGAUUUAUUUUGAGUCUUCUGAAGAUGGUCACUGGGAGGUCAUCGAUACGGAAGAGGCUUUAUGUGCUUUGCUGUCUAUUUUGGACAGCAGGGGAACAAGGGAAGCUCGUCUGGUUGCAUCUCUGGAGAAGCGAGAAGCUCUUCUUUCCCAGUCUAUGUCAGCAGCUAAAAUGGCUGAUAAAGAUAUCAAUGGACAAAGACAAAGUGAUCUAUCUAGCCCAGACACCCAUAGUGGUGAAGGUUCUUCCCCAAUCUCGGAUAUAGACAACAGUCAAAUUUUAGGGGAGGCCUUGAAUGAUUCACGUUCAUCUUCUCAUUCUGUAAUUUCCCACUAUGUGAAGAAGAAAGAAGACCAGAAACAAAAAUGGGAUCGCCUUCAAGCCUUUGAUGCAUGGAUAUGGAAUUCAUUUUACACCAAUCUUAAUGCUGUAAAAUAUAGCAAGAGGUCUUAUCUUGAUUCACUAGCUCACUGUGACAGCUGCCACGACCUUUAUUGGAGAGAUGAAAAACAUUGUCAAGUGUGUCAUAUUACCUUUGAGUUAGACUUCGAUCUAGAAGAACGGUACGCCAUCCAUGCAGCCACAUGUACGGAAAAGGAAAGUCACAUAUUCCCGAAGCAUAAAGUUCUUUCAUCGCAAUUGCAAUCACUCAAAGCUGCUAUUCAUGCUAUUGAGGCUGUGAUGCCCCCUGGUGCUUUGGUCAGUUCUUGGACAGUCUCUACUCACCAGCUUUGGGUGAAUCGUCUAAGGCGCACAUCAUCCACUGCAGAAUUGUUCCAGGUACUCUCUGACUUCACUGGAGCCAUCGAUGAGAAUUGGUUGUGCCAAUGCAGUGGUGAUCUGGGUUCCAAAUUAGUGUUGGACGAGAUUGUUGUGUUGUUUCCGACUAUGCCACAAACAACAUCUGCUAUUGCACUUUGGUUGGCUAAACUUGACACUUUGCUUGCUCCUUACUUGGAAAAAGUUAAUUCUGGAAAAGCCCAAGCUAAGCAAAACACCAGGCAGACCAGACGAUCUGCUCUUAGAUGACAGUAUAUCAUCAACUUUCUAUUUAGUGAGAACUGUCUGAGGGGGGAAUUAUCAGAUCUUUUCGUUCUCACAUCUAAAUAAGAGACAAAAAAUGGACUGUUUUCCUCCAGCUGCUACAGAGAUUUUUUUGAUGAUUACCGAGGAGCUAAUUGUCAGUUGUUCUACUAUGGCUAGCUUCAAUAUACAUCUUGUGGUACGGAGGAUUACUGCGAUGAAGAUCUAUUGACACCCAAAAGAGUAUUUCUUAGGGUUAGUCUGGUAGUGCAGCUUGCACUUCUAUUCCCAUUUUUGGCCUCAGUCAGGAAAGCUCUCGGAUGAUUGGAGUAAAUAGGUUUGUACAGCAUAGAGUUAAACACUUGAGUAAAUUUUUUCAUUUUCCUACAUCAGUUAAGAGCUCAAGUGGCUCUGAGUAAUAGUGGGGGUUGUAGAGCUUUUAAUAAGGAAUUCUGAGGCAACUGAUUGUAGCAAAAUCAUCUUAAAGUAGAACUUGGUUUGGUGUUCUUGUGUAACUUGUAACAUGCAGAACUAUAUUGUUGUCUCCGCACUCUUGUUCAUAAAAGAUGGCACUCUUGAUUUUAUGAGUAGGGCAUCCCGCAUCCGUGCAUAUAACAAGCUCGUUUUUCGAUUUUGAGCA